CAGUAAGAGCAGCAGCAGCAGCAGCGGCAGCAGCAGCACGAGUGCCGUUGGAGGAACCUACAUGCUGACUGUAACAUGAACAUUAGCAAUGAUGAAAAACCUUGUGGGCCUGUAGAUAUAUUUCUUUGAAGACCAGCGUCUGCAACUGCUAUGCAUGAGGCUAUGUUAGCGGAGCUGUUGUUACUGUUUCUCCUGCUGCAUAACUCAUCCUGCACAGACCUUUCCUACAAUGUAGCAGAAGAGAAACGCCCUGGGACGUUGAUUGGUGACAUAGCUGAAGACACCCACUUCCAUGACCAGUUCUCGGCCCAGGAUCACAGCCAGAUCACAUUUAGUCAGCUUCAUGUAGGUUCAUCGGAAAACUUUGAGCUUUUUAACAUCUCCAAAACAGGGAAGCUUUACACAGUUAAAAGGUUGGAUGCUGAAGCCCUUUGCAUAUAUGCCACGGAUUGUUUCAGGAUUCUAAAAUGUGUGAUACAUCAAGAGGAAGCAUUUGUUAAAAUAUUAAAAAUAAAAGUUAGCAUAGAAGAUAUAAAUGACCACCGACCAGAGUUUCCCAACAGUCAGGUGGACCUUUGGUUCUCGGAAACUGAUGGAAGGGGCACAAAGCGAUCAAUAGCCAAUGCAAUAGAUAGAGAUGUGGGUAUCUUAACUUCCAAAAUUACGUACGAACUUAGUAAAGAUGUAGACGAACCCUUUUCAUUGACAGUUUCAAAAAGAGUUGACGGCCGGGCCAAACUUGAAAUUAUCCUCGAUGAAAAGUUAGACAGGGAAGUGAGAGAUCAAUAUUCUCUGGAAGUUAUUGCCAAAGAUGAAGGAUACCCACCACAACAAAGUAGUUUAAGGGUUCAAAUAUCCAUUUCAGAUGUUAACGACAACUCACCCAUUUUCUCACAGAAUGUUUAUAAUGUUUCCAUUAAAAAAUCCCACCCAAGGUCCAUACCAGUUGUAACUCUCUCUGCAACAGAUCUAGAUGCAGGCGAGAACAGUCGAAUAUUUUACCGCUUUAGUUCUCAGACUUCCAAUAUUGCCAAAGACUAUUUUGAUUUGAAUGAAAUGUCAGGGGAAAUCUUCCUGCGGAGAAGAUUCCCAUCAAGACAAAUACUAACCUAUAAAUUAUUUGUAGAUGUCAUCGAUGGUGGAAAUCCUCCCCUAAGUUCCACUGCUGUUGUAUUUGUAAAUGUUAUCAACCAACAAAAUAAAACUCCCCGUAUUGACGUUAAAUUCCUCACUUCACAAUCCGAAAACUCUGCAACAAUCUCAGAAGCCAUUAAGGUAGGAAGUUUCAUUGCCUAUGUGAUAAUUAUUGACGAUGAUAUUGGCCAAAAUGGAGAGAUUUCUUGUGAACUUAACCAUGAUAAAUUCCAGCUACAGAUUUUAGGCUCAAAAGAAUACCAAGUAAUUGCAAAAAAUCCCAUAGACCGAGAAGAACAAGACCAUUUUGAGUUUUCCAUAAUAUGUCAAGACAAAGGGACGCCUCCAUUGAAAGCAGAACGUAAGUUUUCAAUCCAAGUGACAGACGUCAACGAUGUGAGACCAGAAUUUACAAAAGAUACAUUCAAGUUCCUCUCUUAUGAGAACCAGGCUCCAAAUUUCCCAGUUGGUUUUGUCAAUGCUACUGAUCCUGACUUAGAUUCUGGAGGUGAACUCCACUAUUUCAUGUCUGAGAAAGAUGAAAAUAGCCUUCCUUUUCAAAUAUCGGAGAAUGGGUUGAUCACCACAAAAGGCCGAAUAGACCGAGAAACUAAAGAAUUGUAUGAAUUUCCAGUGUUUGUCCGAGACAACGGAAGACCUUCACUGAACACUUCUGCCAGCGUUGUUGUGGAAGUGAUGGAUGAAAAUGACAAUGCACCAUUCUUUACUUUUCCAAGUGAGAAUCCUGCAGUUAUGGAGGUCUACUAUGAACCACAAAGUAGCAACAAUAUCACUUUUUUGAAAGCUUUCGAUAAUGACAGUCCAAGAAACGCCUUCCUUCAGUUUGAAAUUGUUGGAGGCAACGAAAGAGAUUUGUUUGCGCUUGAUUCUUAUAAUGGUUUGUUGUCUUUCACACGGGAUGUUUACCGAAAUGAUGCUGGUUCCUAUGACCUACAGUUCCUCGUCAAAGACAGUGGCAUUCCCGUUCUGUCAUCAACAACAACACUAACUUUAAUCCUGAGUGUCAGCAAUGAUACACAGGAAAUGAUCAUGCACCAGCGAACACAGCCGAGUGACAGAAUCCACCUCAAUUUGGUCAUAGUUAUUGUACUGCUUUCUGUGAUAAUAGCCAUAUCAAUAUCGAUCUCAUUAACAGUUUGUAUUAUUCAGUGGAAAAACCAAUCCAAAGCACCAGAAAGUGGACGAGUCAGCCCGACAAUAAAACAAGCAGCUGAACAAAGUCUUUUGAAUUAUUCUGCUGAGCAAGAAAUAUUCCAUACAGAUCCGCAAGUAAACAGAAGGUCUUCAGAACAACAGAGUCUCAGUAAUUCCACUCUUUCCAGGAGACACAGCAAUGAGCGUAGUUCAGCAGAAAUGUCAAUACAAGAACAAAAAAUUAUUAUUCCUGAACAGAAAAUGACUCCAGAACAAAUAGAAGCCGCAAACAGAAGAACAGUGAAACCACUCUCACAAAACUGUGUCCAACUUCAUUGUGUCAUGUUCGCACUAUUACUAGUGUUUAUAAACCUCCAGUGUUACUUGUGUGUCGACUUAAUAUAUUAUGUGGAAGAAGGCGAAAAACCAAACACAUACAUUGGUGACAUUGGAGCUGAUUCUAAGCUGCUGAACAGCAUCAGUGCCAAAGAAAUGGAUCUGAUUCGAUUCAGUCAGGUGGGGCAAGGUGUAACAGACGGUUCUCAUUUCUUCCGAGUGUCAGAAAAAACAGGCAAGCUGUACACUACUCAAAUACUAGAUGCUGAGUCGAUGUGUGUUCAGAAAAUAGAAUGUUCCAGAAGUGUAGAUAUUGCAAUUAAAAAAGCCGAGACAUUUAUGAAAAUUCUUGAGAUAAAAAUAUACGUGUUGGACCUUAAUGAUCAUCGGCCCCAAUUUCCAAAGAGUAAAGUGAAAAUAGAGUUUUUAGAGGAUGACAAAAGGGGGAGAAUAAGGAAGAUUCCAAGUGCUCUGGAUAAAGAUAUUGGGAUAUUAAACUCAAAGAUAGACUAUCAACUGAAGGUCAGUUCUAGUGACCCCUUUUCACUGACCGUGACCAAACGCCUGGAUGAAACAGAUGAACUGUGGAUUUCUCUCAAAGACAAUCUUGACAGAGAAACAAAAGAUAUGUACACUAUGCAGGUAAUUGCUAAAGACCGUGGGGUCCCACCUAAAGAGAGUGUUCUGGAUGUUGAGGUGGAAGUUCUUGAUGUCAAUGAUAAUACACCAGUAUUUGCACAGAAUGCCUACAACAUUACUGCCAUCAAUGAAAACUAUCAGACUUCUCCGAUUCUGGUGUUAUCAGCGAGUGAUAAAGAUACGGAGAGGAAUGGUGACAUCACAUACCAUUUCAGCAUCAACACACCAGAGAAUUUAAAAUCGCAUUUUGAAUUGAAUGAGAAGACAGGUGAAUUGUUCUUGCAGAGGAAGUUUAUUUCAGGACAGAAGCUGACACAUUGGUUGUAUGUGGAGGCAAUUGAUGGAGGCAAACCUCCUCUCAGUUCUAUGGCUGCUGUUCUGGUGCGUGUCAUCAAUCAACUUAAUCAACCACCAAAGAUAUAUUUCAACUUUGUGUCGAGGGCAUCAGGAAAAACUGCCAUUAUAUCGGAACAGAUCCGAGUCGGUAGUUUCAUUGCGUACAUUAAAGUGGAAGAUGAAGAUGUGGGUCAAAAUGGUGACAUUGAAUGUCAGAUGAACCACGACAAAUUCCAACUGGUAGAAUUAGGUCCCAAGAAAUUCAAAGUUAUUAUUAAAAAUAAAGUUGACAGAGAGUUGAAUGACUACUAUGACGUCACAAUCAUCUGCCGUGACAAGGGUAAGCCACCUUUGCAGACCAAAGACAAGUUCUCAGUCAUCAUAACAGACGUUAACGAUGAACAUCCAAAAUUUUCCAAGAAAUUCUAUCAGUUUUGGACAAAAGAAAACAACCAAGCUAACAUCUCAAUUGGUGUCCUUAGUGCCACAGAUGCAGACCUCGGAGCGGGGGGACAGUUACAUUUCUCUCUGUCUUCCAGCAAUGAAUCUAAGACACCAUUUCAAAUUUCCAAAGAUGGGGUGAUAUCAGCAAAAGAACCAUUAGACCGUGAACAACAAGGCUGUUACAAGUUUGAAGUCGUGGCUUGUGAUAAAGGGACCCCAUCACUGAGCAGCACAGCAAGUAUCAAUGUCAUAAUUACAGAUGAAAAUGAUAAUGCCCCCUAUUUCAUAUUCCCCCCAAAUAACCCCUUUCCCCUGGAUAUUUCCUACCACAACUCCAGUCAAAACAACAUUACCAUUUUAAAGGCAAAGGACAUAGACUGGGGUCAGAAUGCUUUCCUUACAUACAACAUUAUCUCAGGAAACAAUCGAAGCUUGUUUGAUAUCAAUCAUUACUCAGGUUUACUCCUAUUUGCCCGCCAAAUCAGUGUCAACGAUUCGGGUGUCCAUGAGCUACAGAUAUCUGUGAAGGACAGUGGUACGCCUUCUCUCUCGUCUCUUACUAAUUUAACUCUGACAGUGACCAUUAACAACAAACAAAUGAAAUCAAAGACAUCUGCUCAAAAACAAACUGAGGUAGGACUAGAUUCAAGUUUGUUGGUCGUCAUAAUCCUGGUGGCUGUUGUGAUGUCCGUAUCUUUUGCAAUUCCACUGACAUGGUGCAUUAUUAAAUGCAACAACAGGAACAAUCAGCAUUAUCACCGCAAAAUCCGUCCAUCAGAUCAAAGUGCACCGGAUCCAGAUGCACAUACAAGUGCAGCAACAUGCAGACAACCAAACUUAGAUGGAGUCAACUCUUCUGUUCUUCUUGAAACAACAGAAAUUACACAACAGACCUGCGUACAAGAACUAGCCAUUCCCCCUGGUGGCAGAGAUGGAAACCAAUUUAGCGUGAACACCCUGGCGAUUCUGCCCCCAGAUCAAACAGUUCAACUGAAUGGUUCUGAGAUCAGCUGUAACCCAGAACAUUCUAUGGUGCCUUACACUGAUGAGAACCCGAGAGUCAGAGCCAUGAAAAUUCUGCACCGGGCUUUCAGCUGCCCAGAUGACCAAACGAACAAUAUCAGCUACCUUUACAAACUGCACCUGUCUCAGAUCAGGGAACUGGCCAUUUGCCAACCAAGCCUAGUAAGAGGUCCGAGCAUCACUUUACAUAAUGAAAACCAAAGCAUCGUCCCUCAGUCGAACGCCGAAUCAGUCCAGUAUUGCACACAGAAUCAGAGAUUAUACCGUAUCCAUUCUGUCAGGCAGAACACACAAAAGACUUGCUACAAGAAACACUGCAACACUUCCACAGAACAAAACGAAUAAACAAUGACACAAAUAUUCUGAAA